AUGCUGCGCCCGCUGAGUUACCUGGGCGCGCGGCCCCUAUGCGGGCCGCCGGCCCUGCUGCUGCUGCUCGUGCGAGGCCGCAAGACCCGCUACGACCCGCCGGCCAAGUCCAAGGUCGGGCGCGUGGCGACCCCGCCCGCGGUGGACCCUGCGGAGUUCUACGUGGUGGCGGAGCGCUACCGGCAGUACCGCCAGAUCAUGCGCGCCCUCAGGCUGCAGUUCGUGUCCGAGGUGCGGAGGAAGGUCCACGAGGCGCGGGCCGGGGUGCUGGCGGAGCGCAAGGCGCUGGAGGACGCCACUGAGCACCGCGAGCUGAUGGCCUGGAAUCGGGCGGAGAACCAGCGGCUGCACGAGCUGCGGAUAGCGAGGCUGCGGCAGGAGGCGCGGGAGCAGGAGCAGCGGCAGGCCGAGGAGAAGGCCCGUAAGGCCCGCGAGAAGGAGGCCUGGGUGCAGCUCAAGGAGCGAGAAGUGCUGCAGCUGCAGGAGGAUGUAAAAACCUUCAUCACCCGAGAGAACCUGGAUGCUCGGAUAGAAGCAGCGUUGGACUCCCCAUCCCCAAAGAGCUACCACUGGGCCGUCACCAAAGAGGGACAGGUGGUCAGGCCACAGCACAAGGGCAACUAA